AUGGCCAAUAUAUCAUCACCUCUGACACUCCUUUUCAUUUUCUUAUCUUCCAUCAUGAUCAACCAUUUCCAUGUAAUUAGUUCCAAAAAAUGGUGUGUAGCAACUCUGAACGCAACAAGUACGCAAUUACAAGGAAAUAUCAAUUUUGGAUGUAGUGCAGAAGUUGAUUGUAGGCCAAUCCAACCUGGUGGAUCAUGUUUUAUCCCCAAUACUCUUGUAAAUCAUGCAUCGUUUGUGAUGAACGCUUAUUAUCAGAGUCAUGGUCGUACUAAAAAGGCAUGUAGUUUCAAAAACACUGGCACAUUUGCUGCUACUGAUCCCAGUUUUGGUAAAUGUGUGUAUGCGUCUUAG